CGCACUUUCCUUGAACGCACACUCGCCUGGGUGACACCUGACUUGACUCUCCCCCCCCUCUUCCUUUUCUUCCUCCUCGUCCUCUCUUUUGUCUUCUUCUUCCCCUCAUCCCCCUCUUCAUCCCAUCCUCUGCCAUCUCCUCUCAUCCAUCUUUGACGUUCGCUCGUUCCACUCAUCCUGUUCAGUCAAAGAACUCAUCUCCCUGACUCCCUCGCUCGUUACUUUCACCUUCGUUUACUUGUUCUUCUGAUCUGACAAUCGUUAAAAUGAUCAUGAAGCUCACCAUCAAGUUUGCAGUCCUCGUGGCUGUCUUUGCCUUCGCGGCCUUCGGCGCUGCCUUUGAUGCUUUUGAAGACACCGGAGUUGCCUACAAUGAUGAGUCUAUCAUGAAGGCUCCCAUUGCCCGUGACGCGUUUUUCCACGCGAUCAACGACGUUCUCCCUCGGGAUGUUACCAUCAUCAAGACUAUCUGUGAGACCGAGACCUCGGUGGCUUCUACCUUCACUACGGUCCCCCAGCCUGGUCCUGUCAAUACCGCAGCUACUGGAACUACUCUGCCUCACACUGGUGCUACUGGUACUGUGAUUCCUCCUGUGGCUCUCACUACUGUCGCUACUGGUGCUACCACCGUGAUUCCUCCCGUUGUGCCUGGAACCACUGCUGCCCCUACCGCUGGCACUGGGGUUACUGCACAGCCUGCUACUUCCGGAACUGGAGCUGCUCCUGUCACUUCUGUGACUCAGGGUGCCCCUGGUACCACGGUGCAGCCUCCCUCUUCCUCGGAGACAGCUAGUGCCCCCACCACCGAGACCGGUAAUUCUACUUCGACCGUGUCCUCGGGUGAGCAGACUAGCAGCAACCACACUGUUGCCUCUCACACCACCUUGUCUGUCAGCACCACAGCUCCCAGCAGCACUCACACGUCUGCGGCUCCUACCGCCAACGCCGCUCGUGGCUAUGGAGGUAUGCGCUCUGGUCUGCUGGCAUUUGCUGGUAUUCUUGUUGGCUUCGGCAUCUAAGUUUCGAUUUGAUGCUCAGCCUUGCAUGCUCUCCCGUUGAAGGGGUGUGCUCGGUGACCUGGAGCAAUUGAUUAUUUCUUCAUUUGCUGAAAAGUUUCAUUAUGAGUCGACGUUGUGACGAUUUCCUUUGUUUUCAUGAAAGUUCGGGACGCAAUGCGUGACUACACCUGGCUCCCUUAAUAUCC